UUUGUUACACCUACUUUAAUUUUUUGGUCUACUAAAAACGACACGUAUUCAUCAAAUCUUCAAUCUGAAAUUUUAUCCAACGGUCGUUUUUCCAAGACUUCGCUGGAAAGUCCACCUAAACGUAAACCCUGUGCAUCAUGCAUAAAAAAAAACGUAACCAGAUUGGUUGGCAAUGGUGGUCAUAACCGGGAGAGAACUAGAUGCAACUAAUCCGCGCACGAUAGUGGAAAGCAACCUCCGCCACUCAUUUCGUCGUGAUGCCCCCGAGGCGAAACUUUUUAUGACGCGCUGACCUAGAGCAUGGGUAGCUGCAGAGGAGCAGGUGUAUAUGUCAAUCCGGGGUAUGGGACAAUACGCUUUAUGUAGAUAUUUAUGCUUUAAACAACAAUGGUACAACUUUGGACAAAAGGUUAAUACGAUCGCUGGGAAGGGAACCGGAAGGAAGCGAAUGUAUUAGCCAUUUUGGCUUUGUCCCAUCUCCCAACGAAUGCCUUUUGACGGUUUACUUUUGUAGGAAAUUCAGCAUUACGCCCAUCGCUUAUACAGCGCGCAGUCCCAUGCCUCUACGAAAUAGUGAAUUAAAAUAAUGAUGGCGAGGGGGGUGGGGAAGGCAUGGUGUGACUUAGCGCCUGAUUGGAGGCAAGUCGAUAGUUUUGGAUUGAUUUGACCGCAGAGGUCACAGCAUGAGUGAUUGCAUAAGGAAGUUUUAUAGUAUAGUGUCACUCAGAACUUUCACUUUUGGAUACGGAACACACCAUAAAACGAGCCCAAAUAACAACGUACCAUUGGAGUGAAAGAUUUGUCGCGAGUUUGACUAUUACAACAGAUAGCCGUGACUCCAUCCACAACACCCGAGUACCGUUAACAUAGGCGCAUCUCAUUCCGUAAACGGAGGAUAAAGCCGUAGGCAUUUGCAAGUUCCUUCGCAUUUAAAAUAAACCCACGUACCGUGCUAAACGAUCAAUAUUCGAAACCCCGAAAAAAAAAUACCAAAAAAACAAACACAAUGGGCGACGGUGAAGCACGCUCCGACGGUGACACACACAGCAGGGACGUAUGCGACGAGGUCCACAACGCAGAUACACUUGAGCAGUCGCAGCCCCGGCAAGCGUCUGAGGUCCCCGGUGGACCCAAAGCUGACUUGGAAAACCUAGCCGAGGCUCCCCAGCCGGAUGAUGUUAAUGCGGUCAAAGGUAACCAGAUCCAGUCGGAAGAUGAGUGGUCGUUUCCGAAGAUCGGUCUCAUCGUCAAAGACUUGAUGAGGGGCUUCGUGGAAAAGAGGGAUCUCGAGAAGGAGACCGACAACGCAGCUGCGGCAAUCUCCGAGAAAACCAUCGUGUUGUUGGAUUCCGACGGGGAGACGGAUGAACAGUCAACCCCGCAGUCUAUGAAGGUUGCAUCUGGCAUCCCUAGUGGAACGCCUACUGUCCCAGAUCCGCCUGAAAACAAUACUCCACCCCUUUCAGGAACGAACAGCAUCAUGAGAAAGCUGUUUCGCACACCACCAUCGGCAACAAGGAACGCCAAACGGCGACGUUCCGGUGAUGGAAAUGACAGUUCUAUGCGAUCUGGUUCCAGCAGGGAAAAGUCUGGCCAUUCAACGAGCAAGAAGACGAGGUUCAAGAUCACACCUGCAAUGGACUUUAACAACCGACAGUCGGCCUUAUUCUCGUACGUCUUCGACGGGAACCUUGAUCCAUGCGAGGAACUUGUCCGUAUUGGAGUCAAGACCGCGGACAGGGUUGAUUUACACAGCUUACUACCGGGAAAUGACGUUGAUGAUAAGAUCAUCCAUCUGGUUGCCAUGACUAUGACCGGUGCUGAGAUACUUGACACGUCGCCCGCGUACUGGUGCUUACCACCGUCUGUCUCGGAUGAUAUAUUGCACGGGGAGACGACAGAAUUGAUGCUCAACCGUUACAUGGAGAUCUGGAUGCGGCCAUCCAGAUUCCUUGAACUUAUUUAUGUCCCCAUGCAGGACGCGUUGGGCCACUGGUUUUUGAUGCUCGUGUCUCUGAAAGACAAGGCAAUUUACAACCUAGAUUCAUCGCCGAACCAGUUCGAGACGCCUCACCGGGAAGACCGGAUUCGGAAAACGGCAAGGGUGUUGUACAACGUGACACAAGCUGUUUACGAGAAGCAAUUUAUGCCCAUACCAAGCAACUUCGGAGAUUUCCCGAUAAGGAGCCCCAUAGGGAUACCUAAUUGUGGGCAGAGCAUGAACUCAGGGAUAUGGGUCAUAGGGUGGCACAACAUGGGGGACAAAUUCAACCCGAUCAUGGACGGGAUUUUACGAGAGAACGAGAUCAGGGCAACAACUGCGGUGAACCUGACCAGCACACCAUUCAACAAACUCCGGGACCGUGUAUUGGGCAAGGCAGAGUUAUGGAGGAUGAAAACAAAGAAGAGCAGUUAAGUGUACCGGCUGGUACUGCAUUGUCUACAUGGAUCAACCAGUUGUGACGCUUAUGCCCCCAUGGUAGAGGUAGUAUUACGUUGCCUUCUUCUUUAGUCUUGUAUUAGG